GUCAAGACUGCCUAUGAAUUGUAUGAACACUGGAUAGUGAUAAUAGGGAUGGCAAGAGACACUCUAAUUUUAGCACAAGAAAAACAAGCAAAAUAUUAUGAUAAAGGUUAUAGAGAUCUAGAAAUUCAAAAAAGAGACCAG